GAGCGUCUGGCCGCGCGCGCACAGUCUGCAAACCGGGCGCGUGUAGGAGGGGCGAGCUGAGGGAGAGAUACCACAGGAAUGACAGGAGGAAGCCGCCUUGCCCCACAUCCGCAUUUACUCAUUCAACUCACUUCACUGGAAAACAAUAACGCCCUGGAUACGCACGCUUUACGCGCAUCUGAUCUCUUUAUGCUUCCUGCUCGUUGUUUUUUUCCUCCUUUUUUUUGCAUUUUUAUUUAUUGUUUAUUUAUUUAUUUCUAUUUGUUUUCCAAAGUUACCGUAUCCGAGGUGUCCAUGACUGUUUACAUGCAGUUCACACGCAAGAGCGAAUGAUGGAGCUUUAUUCUGAAUGAAUGUUGGAGUCUCUCUCUGCAUUGAUUGAAUAAAGAUGCUGGAAGACUUGAGUGGGACACACACCAGACCAGGCAACCUUAAAACAGGCUCAUUCAGCUUCUCGGCCCUGGCGUCCCUACCACACUGUCUUCACAUGGACUCCAGUACACACCCUAUCAGGAGGACUCUGUACCGGCUGAGGUUAGUGAGCUCUCCGAACCUGAGUCAGCUGGGCAAGAAUGAGAAGGCGUCACUGGAGGAGCGAGGAUCUGGGCCAAAUGCCACAUGGAACAGCAUUCACAAUGCAGUUAUUGGUGUUUUCCAAAAGAAGGGACUGGCUGACAAUGAGCUCUACACACUCAAUGAAGGUGUGAGGCAGCUGCUGAAAACUGAACUGGGCUCUUUUUUUACAGAGUAUCUGCAGAACCAGCUGCUGACCAAAGGCAUGGUCAUUUUGAGGGACAAAAUAAGAUUCUAUGAAGGUCAGAAAUUACUUGACUCCCUGGCUGAGACGUGGGACUUCUUCUUUUGUGAUGUUCUCUCCAUGCUACAAGCCAUCUUUCACCCAGUCCAGGGGAAGGAGCCGUCGGUACGGCAGUUGGCGCUGCUGCUGUUCAGGAACACUAUCACUCUAAACAUGAAGCUGGACGAAGCUCUGUCCAGACCACGUGCCCGUGUCCCUCCAUCCAUUGUCCAGAUGCUUCUGGUCCUCCAGGGUGUUCACGAGUCACAAGGCGUGACAGAGGAGUACCUGAAGCUGGAGUCGCUCAUUCAGAAGGUGGUGUCACCUUACCUGGGAACACAUGGGCUCUGCGCACACGACUGUGAUGCCACCCACUGUUCAUGCUCUAUGGAAAAUCGUUUGCAGUGGUGCUGGUCCAAACCGGCUGAAAUCCCCUCCACCAACCCAGUGGUGCGCUCCAAGAGCUACAACAUCCCCAUGCUCACCCCCGUGGCCGAGUAUGACACAGAGGUCGGCUCUGUGGGUAGCGUGGGCAUCCGCCGCCACUCAGCCUGUGAGGUCACUUCCUGUAUGGAGCAGCAGGGCUUCUCCCUCUCCGUCAGCGUGGAGACGAGCUCCACUCCCAGGAUCUCGCUGGACCACGAGCUCACCUUACCUACAGCAAAGCGUGGAGCCACGGCACAGCCUGCUCUCACCCUACCUUCCAUCUUUAUCCAGAACUCUGCGGGGCAUUUACACACUCAGACAUCCAUUUCGGAGACGGAUAAAGCCAUGUCUUCACCCACUAGCUGCUCCUCCAGUCCAGAAACCAUUGUCAUGAAGGGCGUAGACUCUGUGGACUCCGAUCAGGAUGGGAUAUUCAUCGACUUUUCCCACUGCCGCUCGGACUCUUUUGGCAGCAUCAGGAAGACGAGCUGACUUGUGUAACACGCUAAAUUCAACCGUAUGAUUUAUUUAAAUCACUACACAUGAGGCAAUGUGCUGAUAUUGAAAUUUUCAUAUCACACAUGUUGCCUACGUGAUUAAUGGGAGAGCCUGAUAUGAGAACAGCACUUCUUUAAUUUUUUUUCCAAAAUAAGAAACCUGAGAAGACACCUGUCCUCACGCUGCUUUCCAAAUGGGACAGUCUUUAGUCUUUAAUCUCAGGAGCACAAAUGCUGUCUAGAAAUGCUCACUCUCUAGGCAGCCUCCUCACAAAUAAAACACAGAGCUAGUGAUGUGUGCGUUGAAUAUCACUCUGUACUGUAUGACUGUUUAUCGACUGUGGGUGGCCAGACCUCAAUUUGAAGAAAAACAAAAAAAAACAGAUACUGUGUUGGAUGUUUUAUAGCAAACACUUUUGUAAGAUGUACUACACCUGUGGAUGUAUGUUUUCUGGAUUUUUAGCUCAUUUUAUAGGUAUGUGCCGUCACAAGGAGAAUUUAAUUUGCCUCAACAAUUCCCCAUGAAAGUAUAAAUAACUUGCAAAUCUGAAAUAUGUAAUCACCCAGCAUUUUCAUUCCUUUCAUGCUUGUGCCUUCAUCAUCCAGGUACAGCGCAGUUUAGGUGUUUAACAUCAUAUUUCAUCUUUGCUGCAGCUGACAGGUAAAAUAUGAAUGAUGCAAAGUCUAUGAACAUUCUUACGGUGAAAAGAGAAAACUUCAGAUGUCUGUCCAAGAACAUGUGAUUGUACAUGUUUAACAUAAUCCUGUAAAAAUUGUUGUGUAUUUUUAUGUGUGGUUUUUUCAAUAAUGCAGAAAUUAUUAAGGGUAAAAAAAUCAUGCAAAAUGUGAGACAAUAUGAUAUGUUUUAGAUAAAAAAAAAUAAUUUGCAGCUCAAUUCAGGUAAUUGAUUUUUAUCUAUAUCUCUUCAGUUAUUUUCCUGGCAUGACACAAUACAAUUUUUUUUGCAAAUUAUAAACAUUAGAAUAAAUAUUCAAUUCUAUUUAGUAUUAUUUGAUAUGCAAACUAUUUUAAGCAUUUUUUUCCUGAUCUUGCAACCAUAAAUAUUGGACAUUUCAGCUUACAAAUGGGCACAGUAUGAAUCAAGCUGCUUAACAGCAUCAGAUAAUAAGGAGGAUUAGUGAUAUCCUAACAUUCAUUAGGAAAUUAAUAGAGGACACUUCCUCAGUUUGUAAGUAAAAUAAUUGUGUUUCAAUUGUAUGGCUUUUUAGAAAAUGUGAACUGUGUUUUGAUUGUAAAUAGAUUAUUUAAUUGUUCCAUUUCUAUCAUAAAAUUAUGUAACAAAGUUUUUAGGGCAUAUUUAUAAAGUUGUCAUAUGGUUAUGUAGUUGUAUAGAAUUUUUUACACAUGCAGUGUUUUUUUUUUUUUUUUUUUUUUUUUGCUUGAGCAUUUAGAAAAAAAUAGGAUUCUGAGAUAAAGUGGAAGUUUUUAAACUAGCUUUGUCAUUUUUGACAAUCUGUGGAAAUUAGGUUUAUUAUAAUCUCUAUGUUGUUUUAUUAUGAUACUGAGUAACUGUAAAAUUAUUGCUUUGGCAGUAAAAACACUACCUUUCUUAUGGCGCAGUAGUAAAGCCGCCAGCAGGGGGCGCGCUGUACCGGCGCCGGGGUGCUGGGGGUCGAGCCACGGUUCCCUUUUAGUGCUUUUUUUUUUUCUCCAAACCAGUGUUGGCUAAAAUUAUUGGGUCGAGUUUGCUGUAUUUUUUAUAUAAUAAACAUUUGAGACUUUCAGUUGUAAUUAUAACUCUGUAAUUAUUUGUAAUAUAUUCACCUAAGUAAAAAAAAAAAAAAAAAAAGAAUAAAAUCCGUAAGGUUUAAAAAGAAGGCCACCGGAAGUGAGGUUUUAUAGGCCGAAUCCCAAAUGGCUCCCUACUGAACAUGAAGUGCACUACAUAGGGCCUGGGAUCUAUUAUGUCAUACUCAGCGUAGUGCACUAGUUGUAGGCAGUGUGUACCGAUUUGACUCAGCGCUAAUGGGAAUGGCUGGGAAGUAUCCGUGUUAAUUCCGCAUCGCUUUAAAAAAGGCAUAUUUUUUUAAUUUGGAGUUAAAGUCUGGGGGUAAACAUGUCCGUGGACGUUUGGUGCAACAGAAAUACUGUUUUAUGAUUUUUU